AUGAAGACAAAGACGACGACGAUGGUGAAAAAUUACUACCAGCGACGUCUUGACUCAGGACAAAAAGAUUUUGAGGAGAUUGUGCUAGUUGCGGAGGGAAAGAAAUCUCGUGAUGAAGCAACUGGUUCUCUUCCAGUCCCCAGCGUUGCCCCGAAGCGCCGUUAUGGAAAAAAUCCAUCGGCAAUUGUCCCCCGCCCGCUUGCUCCUAAUGGCGAGCUCAUAGCUGAAACAGAAGAUGGUCCCUUCCUCUCCAAGGGCAAGCCCAUUACUAUUCUACCCAAACCAAGGCCAUUGCACGGUCGGCCUAUACCUCAGAAUCAUCGAACUGUUAGUCGUUACAGACCACUUGCGCCAGCUCUCACCGGUGCAACAGCCUCGCCAGCUAUUUCUACUAUUAGUGAGGAUAUUGCUACUCUUGGUUGGGAUAUUUCUGGAGCGAUUCGAACUCUGAUUCCAGAUCUUCACGACGGAUCCUUCGUCGAUGAUCGUAACGAUUCGCCGAUCUUGCCUGCCACCAGUCAGCGUGCACAAGGAAUGAAGAUGCCGUCACGGCAUAGUGUGGCGGCAAAAAUGCCCCAAGAGCUGUCCAAAAUGGAUCAUUUAUCCUCGCAGGGCAGAAUAACGGGGCAAAUGGCAUAUAUUCUACCUCAAAUUCAUUCCUACCAUCCAAGUCCUGCUCAGGCUCCAGGCUCGCUAUCGCAAGGUUCACAACCAGAGCUGGACAGACCAUCUGUUCUCCACGAUCCGUUUGGACAAGGGGACUAUCAUUCGCUAACAGGACAACCGGCUGGACCAUCUCAGUCCCCUCCCUUAUUUAUUUUACCAGUCAAAGAUGCUCAUCCCAACACCGCAGCAGCCUCUGAAGCAAGCAACCGUCAAGUGCCUGCUAUGCGCUCGAACACGCUUGAUGGGACUGAAGAAUACAGCCCAACCCCACUUUUUGCAUGUUGA